AUGGCUAUCCGCAUAACGCGCGGCAUGCCGUACAACAAGAGCAAGGACAUGAUGGAGUUGUUGUUGUUGAUUGGGCAUAAAGAUGGAUAUUGUGCCUGUUUCAAACCGAAGUCUCGCCGGAGGAGAAACAAUAAACCAAAGCGAUCCAAAGCCCAAGCCCAAGGAAUAUACUCCGUCAACCAGGUGAACAUCGCAGCCAAACGGAAAUUUGUUCAUGCGGACAUCAACGGUACAGCUGUUAAGCUUCAAUUGGACAGUGCAGCAGAUAUCAGCAUAAUUUCUGAAGAGGUCUACAAGCAACUAGGCAGUCCGCCUGGUAAAGAACCAUCAAUCAACGUUGUCAACGCUUCAGGUGACAGUAUGGGUCUUAUUAAGGAGUUCCCCUGUACAAUCACCCUACACGACGUGGCCAAAGAAGGAAGAUGUUUUGUCUCCAACGCAAGCGGUCUCAAUUUGUUCGGUGCUGAAUGGAUUGAACUAUUUGGUCCCUGGGACGUACCGUUCAACGCGGUGUGUCGUCAGAUUUCUACAAAAUGCUACCCUCAAGCUGCUCAGCUAGUCGAUGGUCUUCAAAAGAAAUUCGUCAACGUUUUCAGCGACCAACUGGGACUUUGUUCAAAGAAGAAGGUUUCCUUAACAGUCAAGCCCGGUGCCAAGCCAGUAUUCCGACAGAAACGUCCGGUUCCAUACGCAUCAACCGCCAAGAUUGAAGAAGAACUCGAGCGACUUCAAAACCUGGGCAUCAUCACACCGGUUUCGUAUGCAGUAUGGGCCGCUCCAAUUGAAGCUGUGCGCAAACCCAACGGCAAAGUGAGGAUUUGUGCCGACUAUUCUACAGGCUUGAAUGAAGCACUCAUCCCGAAUCAACAUCCAUUUCCGCUUCCACAAGACAUUUUCCCAAAGUUGGCCGGCAAAAAGUUUUUCUCGCAAAUCGAUUUGUCGGACGCCUAUCUUCAAGUCGAGGUCUACGAAUUUUCCAAAAAGCUGUUGACAAUAAACACUAACAAGGGUCUGUUCCAGUUCAACCGACUUUCUCCGGGGGUAAAAACUGCACCUGGAGAAUUUCAACAUAUUGUCGACAACAUGAUCGCUGAUUUGGAGGACACAAGCGGAUAUCUCGACGACAUCAUCGUGACAAGUGACACUUUGGAGGGCCACAUUUUUGAAGUCGAGCGGUUGCUACGUCGCAUCGAAGAGUAUGGUUUCCAUCUGAAAAUCGAGAAAAGUACUUUCUUUAUGCAACAAAUAAAGUACCUUGGUUUCAUAAUUGACGCUGCAGGAAUCCGUCCUGAUCCAUCGAAGGUCGAAGCUAUCAUCGACAUGCCAGCCCCCAAAGAUGUUUCAACUUUACGUUCGUUUCUUGGAGCAAUCAACUAUAACGGGAAAUUCGUCAGGUCCAUGCACGAUUUACGUCACCCGUUGGAUGCGCUACUCAAGAAAGAAUUCAAGUGGAACUGGUCCAUGCACGAUUUACGUCACCCGUUGGAUGCGCUACUCAAGAAAGAAUUCAAGUGGAACUGGUCAGAAGAUUGUCAAAAGUCGUUUGACAAAUUCAAGAAACUGUUGCAAUCCGACUUACUUCUGACCCACUACAAUCCCAAACUGGAGAUGAUUGUAGCAGCUGACGCGUCGCAGUAUGGAAUUGGUGCUGUUCUACUGCACCGUUUCCCGAUGGUUUAA